AAACGCUCUUCUCGCAUCGGACGGACUAAUAAAUGGAAAAUUGUUUCGGGUCGGGGCAAGUAGCAGCCUACCGCGGAGGGUUAACGAUUAACACGGAAGCGGGACGUUACCGGAGCCUACUUAAAGCAUGCGUACCGGCAUCCUCUACGUCUGCAGCCAGAGCCCGGUGCUAGGGGGAGAAGCGGAGCCUGCAGCCUGCAGCCUCAAGGAGACAAUCGUCCUACCAGUUGAUCGUCAGGAGAAUACUUUUGUGCGUCAGUAAUCAAAGCCGCCGUGGCUGCAGACCUUUAAAUAUAUCAGCUGAAGAAGUGCCAGAGGCCACGUGGUGUAAGGUGACCCUCUCCCACCCGUCCGGCUGCAGACCUCACCGCCACUGCACGGUGCGCCGCCGGAGACGCACGCCAGACGCACACACUCCGGUGUCUCCGAGUCCUACCUGGUUCACCACAGGGAUCUGCCUGCUCGUUUUUGUUCUUUGACGAACAUUGAAAUUCUGUUUUUCCCGUUUACCGUCAGCUUGCAGUGAAUGGAGAACAUACUGGUUCUGCUCCCGAAGCACCGACAGGAACACAGUCGCGCCUCGAGACGGGACUCGCACCUUCCACCCCCUUAGAACGACUUUUUAUUAUCAUUAUUAUAUUAUUAUAUGUGUGUAUAUAACACACACACGCGCAAGUGCCACUCAACAACACUUUUUUUUAAUGGGAUAAAUCAAUUGGACUGAUCAGGUUCCCAAAAACCGAUCAGGUGUUCAGAUUCCCUUCAACGGUCCGGAGCAGAACUGUUCCCACCCGGUGCCCCGCAGAGCCUCCCGUCGUCCCACGGUCUCCGCAUGGUACUUUGGUCCAAGGAGCAAGACAAACAGCCCGACGCCGACAUGUCCGGUGUGGCGAUGGAGCUGAAGAAGGAAGGCGGGCCCCUCUCUCCUCCUUUCCUCACCUCCAACGGCCUGGUGCACCCCGUCCUCCUCAGCGAGGAGAACCCCGGCGCCGAAGAGCCGCGGCCGGGCACCGACCGGCCGGGCGAGUACGAGCUCACAGAGGUCACCGAGGUCACCUCCUUCACGGACAGGGCCCUGGCUGACCCCGGGGAGGGGGAGGACCGCUCGGAGCUGGUGGCCAUCGUGGACUGCCGCGCCAACGCCAAAGGCCAGCGCGAGGAGGACGCGCUGCUGGAGAACGCUUCCCAGAGCAACGAGAGCGACGACACCAGCGGGGGCCAGAGCCCCGAGCCGCCGCCCCCCCUCAAGGAGACCGCCUUCUCCAUCGGCCUGCAGGUGGUCUUCCCCUUCCUGCUGGCCGGGUUUGGGACGGUGGCGGCGGGGAUGGUGCUGGACAUUGUGCAGCACUGGAUCGUGUUCACAGAGGUGACCGAGGUGUUCAUCCUGGUCCCCGCUCUUCUGGGACUCAAAGGCAACCUGGAGAUGACCCUAGCUUCAAGACUCUCCACCGCGGCGAACAUCGGGCAGAUGGACACACCGAAGGACAUGUGGAAGAUGAUCGUGGGGAAUCUGGCCCUAAUCCAGGUCCAGGCCACAGUGGUGGGCUUCCUGGCCUCCAUAGCGGCUGUGAUCUUCGGCUGGAUCCCAGAGGGUCAGUUCAGGCUGGGCCAUGCCGUGGUGCUGUGUGCCUCCAGCGUGGCCACGGCCUUCAUAGCCUCCCUGCUGCUAGGUCUCAUCAUGAUCGGUGUGAUCCUGUUGUCCAGGAAGGUGGGUAUCAACCCGGACAACGUGGCCACGCCCAUUGCUGCCAGUCUGGGCGACCUCAUCACUCUGUCUCUCUUGGCGGGCAUCUCUACAGGACUGUACAAGGAGCUAGAGCACAACGACUGGGCCAGCCCCCUGGUGUGUGCUGUGUUCGUGGCCCUCUGUCCCAUAUGGGUCCUGAUCGCUCGCAAGAUCCCGUCCACCCGAGAGGUGCUUUACUCGGGCUGGGAGCCCGUCAUCAUCGCCAUGGCGAUCAGCAGUGUUGGCGGCCUGAUCCUGGACAAGACGGUGUCCAACCCAAACUUUGCGGGCAUGGCUGUUUUCACUCCUGUCAUCAACGGCGUUGGCGGGAACCUGGUGGCGGUACAGGCCAGCAGGAUCUCCACCUACCUGCACAUGAAUGGCCUUCCCUUAGGGGACCCCAACUACCCCCCCAGGAAGUGCCCCACACCCUGCAUCUCAUUCUUCGGUUCCUCGCUGAACGCGCGCUCCGCCCGCGUUCUCUUCAUGCUGGUGGCGCCCGGCCACCUCGUCUUCCUCUACACCAUCAACUCCAUGCGAGGCGGACACACCACCCUGACGUCCAUCUUCGUUGCCUUCUACCUGGGCGCCGCCCUUCUGCAGGUGCUGAUCCUGCUGUACCUGGCCGACUGGAUGGUGCACUGGAUGUGGGGGCGGGGCAUGGACCCGGACAACUUCUCCAUCCCCUACCUGACGGCCCUGGGAGACCUGCUGGGCACGGGCUUCCUGGCACUCUGCUUCCACGUGCUUUGGCUCAUCGGGGACCGAGACACGGACGUGGGUGACUGAACCACGACCGUCGCCAUGGCAACGCGCUCAUGUUAGCCAUCAGGCAUUGACCCAAAACAACAUUCAGACCGGCGACACACACACACACACACACACACACACACACACACACACUCGUGAGCACACAGGCUUAUGUGCAAAGCACACAAAUACAUAUCAGUACAAUUGAUACCCCGAUAUCAGAAUAUACACACUUAUCAAAAAAUUCACACGUAGACAGUCAGAAACACACACACACACACAGACACACACACACACACACACACACACACACACACACACACACA